AUGCACCACCUGCAAGACGGCGCUACAUCUCCGUCGAGUGAUUCAUGGGAUGACUGUGGCAUUAAUCGCCGUCGAAGAUCAGCAGCUCCGAGCCCAGAGUCUCCCCGUUUCAAGCGUAUCGUUCGACGACCACGUCAUUCGGGUAGCAAGGUACUUUUUUCAGAAAUUGAAUGGGGUACUCUUGCCAAGCAGUCUGAGAAGGUGACCAUGUACCAGAGCCUUGCGGAGGAUAAUCCUUAUUCUCGAGCUCCGCCCGAUGCAGAAGCGAUGGUUGAUACCCUGGGUACUGACAAGCCUAGACAGUACUCCGAGUCUAGUUUGGCUUCGUAUCGACCAGUAGUGGCUGCUUUUGAUGGUGGAUCCACCAAGCGGGAGGAUGGUAUGGUUUCUGACUCUGUUAGUGUUUGGACGGAUGAUGAAUGUGAGGACUUGGAUUCCAAUGUUUCGAGACGCAGGGCGCCAGUUGUUACAGAUACGACGUGGAGCUUGGUCUGUGAACAUCAUGACCUCGUUUGA